UCAGAGGAAGCCCCGACUGGAGGACUGAACACUCGUCAACAGAGGAACAUCCCCAUCAAGGCAAUCAGCACCUCCGCCAGAUCUCCACCAGAGGGGGAGGAGGAGGAAGAGGUCAGAGUUCACCUGUCGAACACUCUCCCACGAGCCUCCGCCCGGCGUUCCCUGGGAGAAGGGGGACUGAAACCACCGGCAGGAAGCCCCUCCCCCCAAUUUCGCCAGAGAAAUGCUUCCGCAGAGAGGGCAAGUCAGAGACAGGCCACGCAGACUCUGCGAUCUCGCUCACCCUCUCCCGGGCUUCGGCACCCCGUCAGUACGGAGUCAAACUCUCCCUCCCCCACCCUCGUCCACUCCUCCAGACUCCAUGGCGAGGACAGGGAGACCACGCCCUUCCCCCUCUCCCCCUCGUUCCUCUCUCCAGCCCCCCUCCGGAGCCCAACAGAACCUCGUUAAGACCCCAUCUGCCCCGGGGCCUCGUAAACUCCCCACCCCGCCCUCGUCUGGGGGAUUGAGGGGGCGUGGCUUGUCUCCCUCUUACUCCACCCCCUCGUCAGCGGGGUCUGGAGUAACUAGUACACAAAUGGGGUUGACUCCAUCCUCCUCCGGAGUGGGACAUCAGCCGAGACAGCAGCAGGGGGGUCUGAGUGCCACGCCCCCCAGAGCUGGAGUACCCCGACCCCGAAUGCAGCAGUCACCCCAGAGAGGUCUUACUCCGUCAGGUACUCCGCGAUCAGCCCCUGGUUCCCAGAUCAUGCCUCCCAGACGCACUGCUGCUUCUCCCAACAGGCAGCAGAGCAAGACACAGCCUAGGAGGAAGCUGGUUGCUAGUUCGGAAGACGAUUGGUUAGAAGGUUGCUACUAAGAGAAAGAGACACUCACACCUAUCACUGGUCGCUAUAGGAACAACACCCAUCACUGAUUUCCGCUGAGGUUCAGCCCAUAUUGCGCACUCAUUCUGCAACGAUUAUCACUGAGACAGUUUGGAAAUUGCUAUGAAAAGACUGCUACAAAUCAAGUGUCUCCAUUGCUCUGAACAUUGCAAAGUCUGUCUCUUCCGCAGUAGCUACCAGUGCCUCUCUCUCCUCCUC